AUGCUGGGCAGGACUUCUGAGGGCCAAGGAGUGGACCACCACCUGUCCCAGUGGAUACAGGACUACCUCACUAUCUAUCCACAGAAUUUAAGGAUACUGGCCUGUGUCUCUGACAGGCUGGUCUGCAGUGCGGAGGCCCUGCAGAAAACGGUGCAUGCACCAUUCCUGUUCAACCUCUACAUCGAAGACUUCUCCACCAACUCAGGGUGCCAUCUAAAAAAGUUAUCUGAUGACUUUGCCAUAGUUGUCCUCAUCCCAAAGUGGAGACGCAUCAUUUGUGCCCUGGUGGAAGCAACAUCUCCUGGUAGCUGUCAGAGCGCACAGCAGGCAGCGUUUCCAUUUGUUUUCUCUGCUCGUUGUUCUGUGACGAAGGCGAUGUGGAAUUACUGGCUCCUUUUUGGACUCGCAGUCAUUUCUUUCUGCGAGGGCAGACGAAAUGCACUCCAGGACUACCAGAAAUCCGAUAGCACCCAACUGGUUGUUGUGUCACCCGAUUCCUCACACCUGACAAAAAGCCGGAUACUGAGCAUAACCAAAUGUGCAAAAACUUGCAGCCGUGGAAAAAGACUCCCAUUCAUCUGCAGAGCUUUCCUCUAUGAUCACAGGAACAGGAAAUGCCAGUGGCUUUCAUUUGACAGAAAUUCACCAGGAGUUCAAAGCCAUCAGAGCUUCUAUUAUGACCUCUAUCAAAAGAAAGACUAUGUAAGGGAAUGCAUUGUGGGGACAGGUCAAAGCUACAGGGGGACAAGGUCAGUGACACUCAGUGGGAUCCUGUGCCAAGCCUGGGCCUCCCCAAUACCUCAUGAGCACAAAUUCAUGUCUAAGAGGUACAGGAAGAAGGACCUCAGAGAGAAUUUUUGCCGCAACCCAGACAACUCCACUGCUGGUCCGUGGUGCUUUACUACUGACCCCAGGCCACACCUUAGACACCAGGAGUGUGGCAUACCACAGUGUUCACAGGUUGAGUGUAUAACCUGCAAUGGGGAAGAUUACAGAGGACCAAUGGACUAUACAGAAAAUGGGAAAGAAUGCCAACGGUGGGACCUGGAUGAACCUCACAAGCAUACUUACCACCCAAAGAGGUACCCUGACAAAGGCCUACAUGAUAACUACUGUAGGAACCCUGAUGGACGUCACAGACCCUGGUGCUUUACCACAGAUCCCAACAUACCCUGGGAGUACUGCGACAUCAAAGUCUGUGAAACCCCUUCUAAAAGUCCUGUGGUGGAGACAACUGAGUGUUAUGAGGGCACAGUAGAGGGUUACAGAGGCACAGCCGACAUGACGCCCAGCGGACUCGCCUGCCAACGCUGGGAUUCUCAGUAUCCCCAUAACCACACAUUUUUACCUGAAGCUUACCCUUGCAAGGACCUGAGAGAGAACUACUGUCGGAAUCCAGAUGGUCAAGAAUUCCCCUGGUGCUUCACUACAGACCCAAGAGUACGCACAAUGUCCUGCACCCACAUCCCUCAGUGCGGAGCCCAGAACAGUCCUGUUAGUGACUGCUUCUUUGGCUUUGGAGAGAAUUACCAAGGAGAGCAGUCAAGGACUAGAUCAAACCUGCCCUGUGCUCCCUGGCGAGACCACAGCAACAGUGGCGAGAGGGGCAUGCUGAUGGCUGGUCUUGAGGGAAACUUCUGCAGAAAUCCUGAUAAGGACAAACAUGGUCCCUGGUGUUUCAUCAACAAUUCUGCCAUUAGCUGGGACUACUGCAACAUAAAGCCUUGUGAUACUUUACAAAACACCAUUCCAGCUGUCUUUGUAGCUGAGCCAACCCCUGUGAGGUGUUUUGUCCAUAAAAGAACAAGGAUCGUGGGAGGGGCUCCAGUUGGCAUAUCAGACGGCAGCUGGAUGGUCAGCAUACAGAAAGGAUCUGUGCACUGGUGCGGUGGUUCGCUUGUGCGAGAGGAGUGGGUACUUACUGACAGACAAUGCUUCUCCUCCUGCAUUCCAGACCUCAGUGAGUAUCGGGUGUGGCUGGGUGUCUCUGAUCUUCGAGAAGGAUCUCCUGACAGAUCUAAGAGACAGGAAGUUAGGAUAGCUCAAGUGAUAUGUGGUCCCGACGGAUCUAGCUUGGCCCUCCUGAGGCUCUCAAAGCCCGCCCGUCCUGCAGACAAUGUCCACACAAUUCAGCUGCCUGUGGCUGGAUGUUCUAUCCCAGAGGGAACGAUGUGUAAAAUGUAUGGAUGGGGAGAGACAAAAGGCACUGGUCAUGAUGACAUCCUGAAGGCUGUGGACUUGCCCAUUGUGGGAAGUGGUAGGUGCAGAGAAAUGCACAGAGGGAACUUCCACAUCACCAACACCAAGAUCUGUGCAGGAGGGAAAAGGAACGAGGGAGUGUGUGAGAGGGAUUAUGGGGGUCCUCUUGUGUGUCAGGAUGGUGAUCUCAAAGUUAUUGUUGGCAUCAGUGUCCAUGGCAGAGGCUGUGCUCGAGCCAACCAGCCUGCCAUCUUCAUUAAUGUGCCCUUCUAUACACAGUGGAUUUACAAGGUCUUCCGAUAUUACCCGGACUCUUAGAUCGCUUAGAAACUGAAAUUAAACAAAUCACUACCAAGGGAUUAUAUUAAAGCUAGAGCCUCUUUUUUAUCUCCAGUGGUGCCCUCAGGACAUCUUGUUCCCAUGAAUUGGAUACCUAUGGAGUCGGCAGCUAAAGAUGAAAGUCUGAGAAAGCACUUACAGUAUAAUGUUAGAUUUAAAAUCUCUAGCAAAUACCAUAUAGAAUUUUCUGCAGGAAUCAUUGAUAGUUGGUUACAAAGAUAAAAAUGUGAUAUUCCUCAUAUAGACAUGCAAUAGCAUGCAAUCCCUUGAACCACCUAGUAGGAGAAUGUAUUCAAUAAAAGCCAUCUGUCACAUAAUGAAAAAAAUAUGCCUUUGAGUCAGAAUCACAGCAGAGAAAACACACACAGGGCUGUGAAAAAGUAUUUGCCCACUUUAUCUUGCCUGUUUCAAUUAAAAAACAAAUAGUAAUAUCAGACAAAGAUAAAAGUAAAGUCAAUACAAAAAGGAAAAAAAAGCUUUUCAGACCACACUGGCUCUUUGUGAAAAAGUUAUCCCUCUGGUUAAAUCAUGAAUUAACUUUGAUAUACGACAUUGUUUGGAAAGCUGAGUUCAGUUUCACUAGCCACAGCCAGGUCUGAUUUCUGCCAGACCUGUAGAAUCAAGUAUUGGUUUAAACAGAACCUGCCUGACAAUGUCCUGACCUAAAGCAAUUCAAGAGUAGAUGAGGAACUAAGACACUGACGUAUAUCAGUUAAUGAUGGAAAGGGUUACAAAGAUAUUUCUAAAACUUAGGGACUCAAGCAACCCAGAGUGAGGGUUAUUAUUCACAACCUUCCUAACAGUGGUCAGCCUACCAUAAUUACUACAAGCAUAUAUCCUGAAAGUUACCAAAGAACCUAGAACAAUGUCUAAAGCAAUACAGGCCCAAUUUGCUUCAGUGAUGAAGCAUAAUUCAACAAUAUGAAAAAGAAUGGGCAAACAUUGCAUCCAUGGGGAGUUCCCAUGCAAAACCACUGCUACCCCAGGAGAACACACAGGUACACCAGAAUAAAUUUUGAAUAUCGUGAAAUUUUUCAAUAUUAUGUCACUGAUCUCAGAAAGUGAAACUAAUAAAUAAUCCAGAUUUAUUACACAGAGUAAAAUAUUUAAAGCUUUUAUUUCUUUUAAUUUUGAUAAUUAUGGCUUAUGGAUAAUGAAAACCUAAAACUUAAACUAAUAAUUCUGUUUCUCAGGAAUAUUACAUAAGGACAAUAAAAAGGAUAUCUUAAACAGAAAUGUCAGGCUUCCGCAAAGUAUGUUUAUUUCUAUGUACUUGGUUGGGCCUCCUUUGGCUUGAGUUACUGCACCAAUGUAGCCUGGCAGCGAACAGCCCUGUGGCGUUGCUGAGGUGUAAUGGAAGCCCAGGUUGCUUUUAUAGUAGGCUUCAAGACAUCUGCAUUGUUGGGUCUAGUGUGUCUCAUGUUCCUCUUGACAGUACACCAUAGAUUCUCUAUGGGGUUUGGGUCAAGCGAGUUCGCUGGUCAAUCAAGCGCAGUAACAGCAUGGCCUUUAAACCAGUCUGUGGUACCUUUGGUAAGUGCCAAGUCCUGUUGGAAAAUAAAAUCAGCAUCUCCAUAAAGCUUGUGAGCAGAAGGAAGCAUAAUGUGCCCUAAAAUCUUUUGGUAGAUGGCUGUGUUGACUGUGAACUUUAGACAACAUAGUGGACCAGCACCAGUAGAUGACAUGGCACCCCAAAUCAUCACCGACUGUGGAAACUCCACACUGGACUUUAAGUAACAUGGAUUCUGUUCCUCUCCAUUCUACUGUGUACAUGAAUAAGUCCAUCUCAUGAUUGCUAAAAAUAUUCUUACAUUCAGUAUACUGCCAAAACAAAAGUAGAACUUUGUGAAAGUUGUGCAUGGUGUUGUUAGUUUGAUUUUUUUGGAGCUGCUUAGCUUCCUGAGGACCCGGAUAAGUUGAUGUACCUGAAAAAAAAACUAUGAAUUUUGUUCUCUACUAGAAAGUUCUGCAAGAUAAUGUCUGGUGGUAGAAUGUCUUGCAUUGAACCAUUGAGUAAUGCUGCAUGGAAAUAAUUCCAAAACUGAUUAAUGAAAACAAAAUGUAGGUUUUAGAGUGACCUCUGAUGUGAAGUUUGGAACCUGUUAAGAGAUGCUGUGUCAUGGCCAUAAACAGGUUCACCCACCUUUCCAUUGUAGACAUAUCUAUGUGAAUUCCUGGUAUUACUUGAAUGAUCUGAAUACCAAAUGCAGUGGUUCAAAUUUUGGGCCAAUUAGAAAACCAUUCUGUUAAGAGCACUCCAUCCAUUUCCUAGGGGCUUAAAAAAUAAGUCCUUAAUGUAAAUAGUUUUUUUUUUUUUAUGAGUGUAUUACACUCUACAUGUAAUUUAGGUCUUAUAGAUCUACAAAAUGAGAACAUGAAUGUUGUGGCAAGCAGAUAUAAGAAAAAAAUUAAAGUGCUUUUUUAUGGUGUAAGCUUUCUGUCAUGGUUCUGUCUCAUAAUCAUGUCAGAUUGAAAAAUAAAUUCCUACAUUAUAAUGUUAUCACAGCACCAUGGACUGUACAUAUGUGAUGCUUUCUGUGUAGAAAUGAAUAUGGGUCUAACCAUUAAACUUUAAAUUAUCAAUUAUGUGUAUACAUAGGCUUGUUUUAUUCAAUUCCUAAUAGUUUAGGUUUUGUUCCAUUGUGGUUGUUGCUUUUUUGUUUGUUUGUUGGUUUAUUUUUGCAGUAGUGAUUAAGGAAAUAGAAUACUGCACAAGGAGGGAAUGUACAGUCAUUAAAUUCAUUAGAAUAUUACUGAAAGUUAACUUAUUUCAGUAACUCAGUUCAAUAAGUGAAACACAUUUUAUAGAAUAAAUAGACUGAUGUUUUCAAGCUUUUAUUUUGUUAAUUGUGAUGAAUUUUCACUUACAUUUAAUAAAAACAUGACAUUUAAGAUUAGAACAUUACAUUAGAUCAAUAAUCAAAGACAUUUUGAAUACAGAAAUGUUAGCUUAAUAAAAUUUAUGUUUAAUACCUUUUUAAAGUUGCCAUUUUUAAAAGACACUUAAUCUGACAAAUGUGCCUCAUCAGAAUUCAUUUUCCAAUUUAUUGAAUAUGACUGUAGGAAUGGAUCCAUGUUUCGCCAGGGCUGAUUUAUCAGUACAGUCAGACCUCAUACGAUCUACAGUACCUGUCCAUCUCUGUUUGUUAGUGUUACCAAGUCGGUACAAUUUUGUGGACUAGGAGUAAGUUUGAGAUAUCUAAAUGACCAUUGAAACAAAUGGAUAAAACUUGUACAUAUCAGAACCACAUUAUGUUUGUAUGUGUGGUAAAAUGUAUAUGACUGUGUAGGCACUGAAAUAUGCUGCAAGCUGCUACAUUCUACAUUUUGUACAGUAUUGCCUUGUGUUUCUGUAUAAUGUACAUUUGCCGUAAGGUUACACAUACCAGUAUGCUAAAGAAUAAACACAGUUCAUCAAGUAUUUUAAA